GCGGCGCUCGCUUCAGACGCUGUAUAUCUCUUUCGUUUUUCCAGCCACGGAAAUCGGUGAACCGAUCUUUCUAUAGUUCGGAGAUUGGUCGCGUUUAUCUGUACUUUUUUUUUUGACUGCGGAUGGACGUGAACCCAGUCACAAUUUAGCCAAGACAAAACAAGAAACUUUGCGGAGUGCAUCUAUUGGGACUGCUGCUGUGCAUUCGGACCACCAAGAGGAUCCUUCCUCUGCGCGAUAUUUUCCUCCUAUUUGGAGAGGAAGGGUGUUAGUUUUCGAAGUGAAAUCUCAACAGUUGGUUUCCAUUUGGGACUCAUAACGCGUUGGUCUAGUUUGUCACACACUUCACGUCAAGUUACCGAUAUCUAAAACAAAAGGAACAUCUACAAAGUACCACGAUCAAGCCCGUCUCUGUGCAAUGCCACAGUUGUCACAUCGGAGCCCAGAUGAGGAAAAAACAAAACCGUAGGCUAUAGUUUGCACUUCUACAGCUCGCAUAUUUGCGCCGAUCACAUAGUGGUAAAUCCCAUCUCACUGAUUUCUUUCCCCAUCUCAAAGCUCUGACAGAAGCGGAAGAAGACUGAGAUACGGGAUAGUGGAUUUACCCGCUAGUGCAGUGUGAUUGUGUGUGUUGGUGACCUGAGAGGAGCGCUCACUUAGACCAUCUCCCGCCGUCUGGUUGUCAUGUAGGCUACCUAACCGCCCUCAGCAUCCGGUUUUGUGGAACAGAAGAAGUGGCCAACGGAACAUGACUCCACUGUUUCCUUGGUAGAUAAUAUGCACGUCCGGGUCCAGACGCUCGUCCACUGAUGUUCAUCUCCCACACCUGGCAGAGAGACCACCACUCAAUACUACUACAAUACCCACAUUUCCUGUCUGCACAAAGUAAGGACUUAGGUGUUGAAGCCCUUAGGUGACUUGGACUUCCUUGUUGUACUAUUGAACUAUUUCCGCACUACGAGCCAGUUCUUAGUUUACAACUGUCACGCACAGUGAUCUUAGAGAGACAGUAGGCGAGUAAAGAGAAAAACAAUCCAACAACGACAAAAUGGCCAACAACACGGCGGACCACCCUCCCGGGAACUCUGUUGCCGAUGGCAACCAGGAGGGGGACUUUGGCAUCACGGUGAUGGACCUCCGAGAGCUGAUGGAGCUGAGGAGUGGAGAGGCCGUCACCAAGAUAGCCAACUCCUACGGAGACGUGCAGGGGGUCUGCCGCAGGCUCAAGACAUCGCCCAUCGAGGGUCUGUCUGGUAACCCAGUGGAUCUGGAGAAGCGCCACGCGGCAUUUGGGAAGAACUUCAUCCCUCCUAAAAAGCCUAAGUCCUUCCUGGCGCUGGUAUGGGAGGCCCUACAGGAUGUUACUCUCAUCAUCCUGGAGAUUGCUGCUGUAAUCUCCCUGGGCCUGUCCUUCUACCACCCCCCUGGGGGAGAUAGCGAGCUGUGUGGUGAGACAGCGUCAGGAGUGGAGGAUGAGGGGGAGGCGCAGGCGGGCUGGAUCGAGGGCGCCGCCAUCUUGUUCUCUGUGGCAAUCGUUGUCUUGGUGACAGCGUUUAACGACUGGAGCAAGGAGAAGCAGUUCCGUGGGUUGCAGAACCGCAUCGAGCAGGAGCAAAAGUUCACCGUCAUUCGCAAGGGCCAGGUCAUCCAGAUCCCCGUGUCCGAACUGGUGACAGGAGACAUCGCCCAGAUCAAAUAUGGUGACCUGCUGCCAGCUGAUGGUAUCCUGAUCCAGGGCAACGACCUGAAGAUCGAUGAGAGCUCUCUGACCGGCGAAUCAGACCAAGUCAGGAAGUCCCUGGAGAAGGACCCCAUGCUGCUGUCCGGCACCCAUGUGAUGGAGGGAUCAGGCCGAAUGGUGGUGUCUGCGGUGGGUCUCAACUCCCAGACUGGAAUCAUCUUCACUCUGCUGGGGGCAGGAGACAGCGAUGAGGAAAAGAAGAUCAAGAAAGGUAAAAAACAAGGACCCCCCGAAAAUCGCAACAAAGCUAAGACCCAGGACGGCAUUGCCCUGGAGAUCCAGCCCCUGAAGAGUGACGAGGCGGUUGAGUCUGAGGAGAAGGAGCCUGAGGUUGAGGUGAAACGGGUGAAGAAGGUUCAGGUCAACAAGAAGGAGAAGUCUGUGCUGCAGGGCAAACUCACCAAACUGGCCGUGCAGAUCGGGAAGGCAGGUCUGAUCAUGUCAGCUGUGACGGUGAUCAUUCUCAUCCUGUACUUCGUGAUUGACACGUUCGGGGUGCAGGGUCGCCCAUGGCUGAAGGAGUGUACCCCCAUCUAUAUCCAGUACUUUGUCAAGUUCUUCAUCAUCGGAGUCACUGUUCUGGUGGUGGCUGUGCCUGAGGGGCUGCCCCUAGCUGUCACCAUCUCUUUGGCCUACUCUGUCAAGAAAAUGAUGAAGGACAAUAACCUGGUGCGUCACCUGGAUGCAUGCGAGACCAUGGGGAACGCUACCACCAUCUGCUCUGACAAGACAGGCACCCUCACCAUGAACCGUAUGACCGUGGUGCAGGCCUACUUGGGAGACACACACUACAAGAAAGUACCGGAACCUGACGUCAUCAAACCAUUCACUCUGGAAGUCAUGGUCAACAGCAUCGCCAUCAACUCAGCCUAUACUACUAAGAUUCUGUCCCCAGAGAAGGAGGGAGGUCUGCCCCGCCACGUCGGCAACAAGACAGAGUGCUCCCUAUUGGGCUUCGUGCUGGAGCUGAAGAGAGACUACCAGCCAAUCAGGGACGAGAUUCCCGAAGAGAGUCUGUACAAGGUGUACACCUUCAACUCGUCCCGUAAGAGCAUGAGCACGGUGCUGAAGAACACAGACGGUAGUGGCUUCCGCAUGUACAGCAAGGGAGCCUCCGAGAUCGUCCUACGCAAAUGUUCUCAUAUCCUGAACACGAACGGGGAGCCACGUAUCUUCAAGCCUAAGGACCGUGACGAGAUGGUGAAGAACGUGAUUGAGCCCAUGGCCUGUGACGGUCUGAGGACAAUCUGUGUGGCCUACAGGGACUUCCCUGCCGAGGCAGGAGAACCAGACUGGGACAACGAGGGCGAUAUCCUUGAUGAGCUCACCUGCAUCUGUGUGGUCGGCAUCGAGGAUCCCGUCAGACACGAGGUACCUAAUGCCAUCCUCAAGUGCCAGAAGGCCGGCAUCACCGUGCGCAUGGUUACCGGGGACAACAUCAACACUGCCCGCGCCAUAGCAACCAAGUGUGGCAUCCUGUUGCCGGGUGAAGACUUCCUGUGUCUGGAGGGCAAAGAGUUCAACCAGCUGAUCCGUAACGACCAGGGAGAGGUGGAGCAAGAGCGUCUGGAUAAGGUGUGGCCCAAGCUGCGUGUGCUGGCUCGCUCCUCUCCCACUGACAAACACACUCUGGUCAAAGGUAUCAUGGACAGCACCGUCCUUGAGACACGACAGGUGGUGGCUGUGACAGGCGACGGAACUAACGAUGGCCCCGCCCUAAAGAAGGCCGAUGUCGGAUUCGCUAUGGGUAUUGCCGGUACAGAUGUGGCUAAGGAAGCAUCUGACAUCAUUCUGACUGACGAUAACUUCACCAGCAUCGUCAAGGCUGUGAUGUGGGGCCGCAACGUCUACGACAGCAUCUCCAAGUUCCUCCAGUUCCAGCUCACUGUCAACGUGGUGGCCGUCAUCGUGGCCUUCACUGGCGCCUGCAUCACACAGGACUCUCCUCUGAAAGCAGUGCAGAUGUUGUGGGUUAACCUGAUCAUGGACACCCUGGCAUCCCUGGCUCUGGCCACUGAGCCCCCCACCGAGUCCCUGUUGCUGAGGAAGCCGUAUGGCCGCAACAAGCCCCUGAUCUCCCGCACCAUGAUGAAGAAUAUCCUGGGUCAUGCCGUCUACCAGCUCACCAUCAUCUUCACCCUGCUGUUCGCUGGAGAGAACUUCUUUAAUAUUGACAGCGGGCGUAACGCGCCUCUUCACUCACCACCGUCGGAGCACUACACCAUCGUGUUCAACGUGUUCGUCAUGAUGCAGCUGUUCAACGAGAUCAACGCCAGGAAGAUCCACGGAGAGAGGAACGUCUUCGAGGCCAUCUACCGUAACCCCAUCUUCUGUAGCGUGGUUAUGGGAACCUUCAUCCUGCAGAUUGUCAUUGUCCAGUUUGGAGGAAAGCCCUUUUCCUGCACAGCUCUGAGCAUUGACCAGUGGCUCUGGUGUGUCUUCAUUGGAGUGGGAGAGCUGCUCUGGGGACAGCUGAUCACAGCCAUCCCCACCCACCGCCUGAAGUUCCUGAAGGAGGCUGGCCACGGCACCCAUAAGGAGGAUGUUCCCGAAAACGAAAUGAACGAGGGGGAUGACGAGAUCGACCAUGCUGAGAUGGAGCUCCGUAGGGGACAGGUCCUCUGGUUCAGGGGACUCAACCGCAUCCAGACUCAGAUGGACGUGGUCUAUACGUUCCAGACGGGUCAGGCUCCGGUCCCGGGGGCAUUGAGACGCCAGCCCUCUGUGGUCAGCCAGCACAACGACAUUAAGGUGGUCAAUGCGUUCCGUAGCUCCCUUUACCCGGGGCUAGAGAACCCAGAAUCCAGAAACUCCAUCCAUAACUUCAUGGCCCACCCUGAGUUUGUCCCCCUGUCUGAGGAGGAGGCGCAGAUCCCUGAGAGAGAGGACUCCAGCAGCGAUGAGGUGGAUAUGGAGAUCCAGCCCAUCCCCAGCUCCUCGACUGGGGGGGGGAAAGCUCUAGACGUCAGCCACGAGACCACCUGCUGAUCACCUCCUCUCUUCUCCUCCGCUCUGAUCUAUCCAUCCACCCGUCGGCCAGCUGGCUCCCCCCCUGCAGUUCCUCUCCUCCACCAUGAGGAGGACCAGCGGUGCGCCCCUCAGAUCCUUAGACUCAUCCCACAGAGGGUGCACCCAGAGUGGGCAAGGGGUCCCGGUCCCAGCGCCUCCCCCUCUUCACCUCUUCCCUCCACUUCCUGAACCCUACACCCACCUCUCACCUGGCCACCCCCACCUUGCCAUUCUCAUCGGCUUGCACUGACUGUGUCGCGUGUGCCCUUUAAGUCUGUGCAGAAGAGUGACAUGCAGAGCAUCCAAUCACAUUGUGCCCCUAACUCAUGGGUGGGAAGGACCAUUUGGGGUCCACCAAUCUGCUCCGUCGAAGGCCGUAGCCUGUCCUUCUGUCCAUCUUUGGGGUUUUAUAUCAGUUUUUUUUUUUUUUUUUUUUAACCUCAGAGUAGCCUAGAACUGAAACGCAACAUGUUUAUCCUUCUGUACUAGCUUAUACUCUGCAUACACUAACUGGCACAGAACUUUAAGAAUAUACCCAUGUGUACAUUAAUAUUGUAUGUACAUACAUGUAACUGCCAAAAUAAAGAAGACGCUUAAGUGAGGGAUACAAAGUAUAUUGAAAGCAGGUGCUUCCACACAGAUGUGGUUCCUGAGCUAAUUAAGCCAUUAACAUCCCGUCAUGUAUACAAAUACCCAGUUGCCCAUUAUUUUGGCUUCCAUGGUUAGAAGAAGAGGCCUCAAAGGAGCAUAGGGGGUUUAAAGUGUGUGUACGUGUCUCAGUCCCUCGAUCUCAACCCAACUGAACGCUUAUGGGAGAUUCUUGAGCUGCGCCUGAGACAGCAUUUUCCACCACCAUCAACGAAACACCAAAUUAUGGAAUUUCUCGUGGAGGAAUGCUGUCACAUCCCUCCAAUAGAGUUCAAGACACUUGUCAGAAUCUAUGCCAAGUCGCAAUGUAAGCUGUUGUGGCAGCUCGUGGUGGCCCAACGCCCUAUUUAAGACACUUUUGGUGUUUCCUUUAUUUUGGCAGUUAACUGUAUAUAUGCUUUAUAGGCUCAAAGCUCCAAGCUGAUUGGAUGAUCAGAUGUACAUGGCCCAUGUGAUUAACAGCUUUCAGCUACUAAGUUUCUCUUCUCUAUUUGUCAAUCUGUGUUUUAAUUGUACAGCAUGUAUGCAUUUGAUCUGUUUUGAAGCAGGAUGUACUAAUGGGUUACUCAGUUCAAUGCAGGAAACCAUGUCUACAGCGUUUCAACGAUAUAGGUUCAAUCAUCUAAACAUCUCUCACUUUAAUUUGGUUCUUCUGGGUCCAUUUGACAUGUGACUCCAUUAUGAUUUAUCCUGUUUUUGUUGAAGGACAGUGUAAAGAAUGCUAUGAUAUUUUAACAGAAAAGUGAAUUCUCUUAAAACAACAUUUUCAAAGUAAAGCUCGCAGCAGGCUAGAGCCAGAGGGCACCCCCUCUCUGUGGAGCAGGGUCAUGGCAAGACGAUGUGGAGGUAUCUCCCUCAUCCGAUGACCUCAUCCUUAUCUCAUCCAAUCAGGGUUCUGGUUUUCCCCAGCCCCUUGAGAGUAAGUUGGCAGCUCAUGAAACUGCCAAUAAUGGAGUACGAUUAAGAACGUCAGAGUGAAGUGAAUGAUAUUUCACCCCCAUCGCUCGUAUGCAUGACGUAUAUUAUCCGUGUUUCAUCUGUGUUGAGUGGAAUGGGAGUUUAGAGAUGGGUUAUGUGAAACAUUAUUUGGGGUGGGGUUAGGGCGUACGUAUUCCUGUGGACAGAAAUGGGUCAUUGUUUUUGCUCCAGUCUGUCACAACAACAAAAAAUCCACACAAAAAAUGAAAAAGUCCACACAAAUUUAUUCUCUGUACCUUAGCAAGACAAAUCUAGUCCUCGUUUUUACACUGUCGACGAAGGGGCGUUGGGCUUGUUCCUGUUAGCUCCGGUGUGAGUGUGUUGUAUGUUGUUAUCGAGCAUCACUGUGUUGGCUGCAGAGUGACACGGGGGACUAUCGAUCUCUCCCAUCAUGCCUCUGGGAGAGCCAACCGUGAGCGGCCCAGAUAUAAAUCCAAUAUCUCCCCCUCCCUCCUCACCCGGCACCGCUCCCUCCCACCCUCCCUCCUCCGGGCUGCUAGGAUAGGGACACAGCACAUCCCCACAUGUCAACCAACCACAGAUAAUGGUGUAACAAUAAGAGGAAUACUCUUAACAAGAAGAAGAAGAAAAAUAGACUCAACCAGAGAUGUGUAUGAGAGCUCCUGUAUUCAGUAGUGUAUGUUGUCGUCAGAGGUGUCAUGCCCGUAGGGGGCACAGGGGCACGUGCUCCCUCAGAUUUGUCAUGUUUAAAAUAUCUUUUUUGCGGGCCUUUUUUUUCUCUCUCUAAUACUACUAGACACUUAGCAAUUUUAUAUAACUAGCUACCAAGAAACCAUUUCAGGCUAUCAAUACAGUUAGAGUAGCUAGCUUGUCGUCCUCUUAGCUGGCAUGCCCGCUGGCAAGGUUGGUAAGACUUCAGAAAAGCAAGCAAUAACUAAAUGUACUGAAUAAGACUCACAUUCCUUUCAAUAUUGUACCAGAGAUGCAGAGACGUAUUUUUUGUUUGUUUGUUUUUUUAAGAACCACCAGUCAGAAGGAUACAGACAGCUCAUUUGGUAUGCUUAAAUAUUCAGAAAAAUAUACAUUUUUUUACAUAGAAUUAAGCAUAAUGAUUAUGGCUCUAGAUUACAGGACAAAAAGCUGCUUCAGAUGUUUGAAAAAUGCUAAAUUCUCCAAUUUAUGGUCGGUGGGCUUACCACCCCUCCGGACCACCCCCCUAGCCAUCCUCACGUACUUUGUGCCCCCUAAGAUUUUUUUGGGGUGCAUGAUUCCCCUGGUCAUUGUUGUAUAUGGUAGAGAGAGUGUUAACUUGGGCUGACUCCCUUUUCCGCCUCCGGCCACCAACUCUGUGACAGAGAUUGUGACGCCCUCGACAGGACGUGUGCUAUCGAUUACCAGUAAUGUACUACUGCCAUAUUUUCAACCUUUAUUUUCAUAUCUAGGUUGCUUACUUCGAUAGAACCCUCUGGUGAUGCGCCUUUUCUACUUACUCAGAGCCAUAUUUUCUAGGUUGUCGUUGUUGUUUUGUAUCCCAUCGUUAUUGAGGUUUCCUUUCUAUUCCCCCUGACCAACAAACAAAAAAACCAAGACAAAAUAAUGUGUCACUGCCGAUACAGUAUAUAAGUCAUGGACCACUACGAUGUUUACAGAACAUAGUCAGCCUGAUGCAGUAAGCCUGCUCGCGCUGCACUUCACUCCAACCGGCUAGUCUCCUUCAUUCCCUUGCUUUCGUGAGUCUUAGUACACAGUUAUGGGGAAGCUUUCUUGCAUGAUUUUCAUAGAAACUCAAUGUUUUUUGUUCAUUUUUUUACAAUUCUUCUUCUGUAUUUUUAUAUUAAGUACUUUUUUGGAAAUAUAUAAAUAUGUAUAGGCUGAAGAGUUUUGAUGACAGUACAGACCAUGAAUAAGAUCAAUCGACAGUGUAACAUGUUUUUGCCGUUCUAUAUACAGUAUAUUUAUGCCACAUUUGUAAACCAUGCUUGGUCGUCUGAUGCUGGGGCUAACUAAAUUAAAAUAAAUUGUUUACUCACUGUAGGUCAUGUGAUUGGACAUACUCUUUCAGCAAUCUAGUCUUACCGCCCCUUUCCCUUUCACUAUAUACAGUCUUAAAGAGAGUAUCUUAAAUUCUGCUAUUUCUUUCAAUAGCUUAAAGGGAUAUUCCUGGAUUUUGGCAAUGAGACCCUUUUAUCUACAGUACUUCCCCAGAGUCCGAUGAACUCGUGGACACCGUUUUUUAUGUAUCUGCGUCCAGUAUGAAGGAAAUUAGAGGUAGUUUCGGGGGCUAAUGCUAAAUAAAUUGUGCUAACACUAGUUAGCAACUUCCGUCAAACUGCACACUGAUACAUAAAAAUGGUAUCCACGAGUUCAUCUGACUCUGGGGAAGUAUAUAAAGGGCCUCAUUGUCAAAAUCCCGAACUAUCCCUUUAAAUCAAAUGUGGUCCAAUGAAAGUGAGUGAAAUCGAACAUGGUAGUAUACAGAACAUUGAAGAUUUGCUAAAUUAAUUGGGGGUAUAUAUAUAUAUAUUUUUUAAUCUCUAUAUAAAUGUAUUUGUUAAUUUUUUUCUGUUCUUUCAGACUAAUAUGACUGCGAGUUUAACUUAUUUUGUGAGGAUCGGUGCUCUCAGAUGCCUGUGUAGUGACGUUAGUCGACUUGUCAAAGAGGGCAUGAAUUUCAUCCAAAUUCAGCAUUACCCUUUUAAUUCUAAUGGCUUAGAACACUGUUUAUGGGAAGAGAGUAGAGCUGUUAAACUGGUAGUGACAUCACUUCCUCUUCCUGUUUUUGUCCAUAAACAGAAACUAGAUGCCUUCGAUGUGGUGUCCGUUCGAUCAUUAGACAGUCUCAUUUUGGGGACACAUUUUCAAUUGGAAUCCUUUCUUUUCUUCUGACUUACUCUAUUUGGUAUGUGUAAAUAUUGUCAUAGGAUGAUGUUGAACUUAACUUAUAACUCUUGGUAAUGAACAGGGGGCAACCAGUCAGGGAUCACCGAGCAUAGCUUUAAGAAUGUUCUGCCAAAGUCUUGCUUUGUACAAUCGUUGCUUUUUUGUCCUUUUUUAUUUUUGCACAGAUUGUUUUAAACGAUUAUUGUCAGGUGAAUGUGUUUUCCUUGUUUUCCAUCUUCCCAAAAUAGCAAAUGUUUUUGCAUGUAAACGUGGACAGAGAAUUACAAAGAGCUUGAAGCGUCACUAAGAUUGUCCCUCUUCUAUUGCCAUGGCCUUGGUUGUGCUGUUGUGAUCUCUUACUGGUUUCCCUCCCAUUCCAUCCCACAGGUGAACAUGUACUCCAUCCUCUAGAAACACCCCAAUGUUUUUGUUUGUUGUUUUGUUCUUGUUUAUUUGUACCUCGGCACAACUGUACAACAGAAGCAGACCAACAGGUCUGCAUGUCUGAGGUGGAGGGAGAACUAAAGAACGGCUAGACUGACCUGAUAAAGCCGAUGUUUGGUUUCUCUGAUGGAUAAGCCCACCGUGGCUUCUGACCAAUCUGUAAGAUCUGUUCCUUCUCAUUGCACAGGUCUCAAUAAUGACUCAUGUAUGACAAAAUGAAAUUGCUAAGGCAUUGUGCAAUACCUGUCAACUGUAAUGGACUGCAUUGCUUCUCUAAAGCUUCUCUUUCUUAGACAGCUUUUUAUUUCUUUCGAUUUGGGGGAUUUCUUUGGGGAAGCUUCUCCGCAGUUGUAAAUAAUAAAACAAACAAAAAAAGGUUUGAAAACUGGAAUAUCACAGUUUAAAGUCAUUAACCCCUUAUUUUACGUAGGACGAUAUUUACCCGAACCAGUUCUUGUGUUUUUAAUACAUUUUCAAUUGUAUCUAAUUGAGAAAAGACCGAAAAAUAACUUUCUGUCAUUGAUAUGAUGCACAGUAAUAGACACUGGUGUUAUUUUUGUAUAAACAUAAUACCAUCUAUGUGGCAUGCAUGACGUAUAAACAAUUUUGUGGUUUAAAGCAAUA